ACUUUUCACAACAUCAACUAUUUACGUUACACGGGAACCAAUUGGCACUGAUGCCAUUAGCUUAGCAUUCAGUUCAAAAAGGAAGCUUAGUUUCCGCUUUACGUGUAGUCCUGAACUCCUGAAAAAAAAAAAAUACGUCCGUUUUUUGGAAUGAUAAACGACAGUGUAAUUUCACCACCGGUGGGUCGUCUACUGAAUUAAUUUAGUGCGGAUUCGGUUCAUGAGCCAGGACAGGAGGCGUAAAGCGACAGAGUAGGCGCGGCGAGUUUAGCCGACACUACCGGCAUGGCCAGGGACUACGAUUACCUCUUCAAACUGCUCAUUAUCGGCGACAGUGGUGUGGGAAAGAGCAGUCUUUUACUGCGCUUUGCAGACAACACAUUUUCAGGUAGCUAUAUUACCACUAUAGGAGUUGACUUCAAGAUCCGAACAGUAGAGAUCAAUGGUGAGAAGGUGAAGUUGCAGAUUUGGGACACAGCGGGCCAGGAGCGCUUCCGAACCAUCACCUCCACGUAUUACAGAGGAACCCAUGGGGUCAUAGUGGUAUAUGAUGUCACCAGUGCAGAGUCUUUUGUCAACGUUAAACGAUGGCUGCAUGAAAUUAAUCAGAAUUGUGAUGAUGUAUGUCGAAUAUUAGUGGGUAAUAAAAACGAUGACCCAAACUCUAAAGUUGUGGAGACAAAUGAUGCACAAAAGUUUGCAGAGCAGAUGAGCAUCCAGUUGUUCGAGACUAGUGCAAAAGAGAACAUUAAUGUGGAGGAGAUGUUUAACUGCAUCACGGAGCUGGUGUUACGGGCAAAGAAGGAAUCUGUGGCCAAGCAACAACAGCUGCAACAGAAUGAUGUUAUUAAGCUUAGCAAGAACAGCAAACGAAAGAAAAAGUGCUGCUAGUGGAUCUCAAACUUGACUCUGCUCUUGCUGAAGAAUCCCUAUAGAGAAAAGGACUAUCAUCUAAAUUAAAAACAGAAAGCUUAAUAAAGAUAAUUAAAUGGAAAAAGGAAAACAGAUGUCCCUUUUGGACAUGAAGACUUUUUAAAGAAAAUGUACAGAUUUUAUUAGAAUUAAGGAUUUUUAAGUGGGAUUUAAAUAGAUGUAUUUAAUAAGAGCCUCUUUUCUUGAAGGACCUGCAAGCUGAUAUCCUCACCACAAUGUGCAGAUUUUUAUAUGCAUUGAGUUACUCUUAGAGCCAUGUCUGUUUUUGUUUCUCUUUGGGUCUCCAUAUCAGGAGUGUGGUGGUUUUUUUUUUUUGUAUUAUUUUUAAAUGUUAGAUUUAUUUUCUAGAAAUUGUGAUGAAAGAGAGCAGUUCUCUGACCAUGAAAUUUUAGAUGCCAAUGACUCAUGAUUUUUCACUUUUACUGAAUUUGACAAAAAAAAAAGCAUUGCUUUGACCUGUAUAUCCAGUGAUACUGAGAGUGCAAGUUUUUCGUUCCCCCCCCCCCCCCCCCAAUCCUUUUUGAACCUAAGGUUUUUCAGGUAUCUGCAAUAUAAAUGUACCCUUUCCCUACCAUGUGCCAAGCAUUUGCAGGAAAACGGUAGAAAUAUUUUUACUGCCAUGAUCUUUAUCAGGACCAUAAUGGACUGAUGUUAUUCUUAAAUAUUGCCAUGCUAAUGCACUUGGGACUGCCAAAUUGGAAGACUCAUUUUGUGUGAAUCUUCAUCACAGAGGUCUGAGCACUCGUAUCAUUUGCCACUGUUCUGUGUUCAGUGUUAUAGCUGACCUUUUUCCAAAAUGAACACACUUUACCUGUAACUGCAUUGUGUCGUGUGUUGCUGUAUAUUCUUAUUGCAUUUACAGUUAAUUUGGCAAUGUCCUUCAAGGGAGUCGGAAUCCAGUUCAAGUAUAAAUGUGUUUUAAAGGUACCCACAGUGCUACAAGAGUCACAAAACUAACCUGUUUCCACCAUGUAAUCAGAAACACUUGUGUGAUAAUUGCAGAAAGAUCUGAGAAGAAGAAAUGCAGCUCAUUAAGCGGUGACUCAUGUUCUGUAUUGGGGGGGUGAAAUAAUAGGCAAAGGAAGGAGUAAAAGUAUUGAGUCUUUAUGCCGUAUAUUUGCAGCUGAAUGCCUCUUCUUGUGUAACAUAACUUUAAUCCACUAUAAUUAAAGCUAAAUACUCAAUCAUCUCUGUAUUAAGGGCAGGCUGAUUUAAAGUUCUACAUGGGUCAUGACCCAUUAAACCAAGUAAAGGAAUCAUGGAAACAUGUCUCUCUGACUUUUUAUACAUUAUGCCUGUGUAUGUAUAUAACAUUUUUAACCCAUCUAUUUUAAUCUAUAUGAUCUCCAUAUUUGCACAUAGCCAUGUGUGUGUGCAUGUGGUUGUGCUAGGAAACACUUUCAGCUGUAGCUCUGCUGUACACUGGAGAAAAGAAAAUAUCCUGCCUUAUGAAUUAAAGUGACAAUAAAUAUUUUAAGUGGAUUAACAUUUAGCACAAA